ACUAACGAGUGGAACAAAAAUGACGAUCGUUUGCUACAAGCCGUGGAUCAUGGGGAAACGGACAAAGUGUCUGCUCUUCUGGGGAAGAAAGGGGUGGUGGCCACUAAGUUGGACAGCGAAGGAAAAACAGCCUUUCACCUCGCUGCUACCAAAGGCAGUGCGGACUGUCUCAAGGUUAUGUUGACGCACGGAGCGGAUGUCUCUGCUCAGGAUCUAUCAGGUCACACUGCUCUACACUUGUCUGUGAAACAUAACCACAUAGAGUGCGUCAAAAGGCUUCUCCAGUCCAAAUGUCCGACGGAAUGCACAGACAACGGCGGGAGGACAUGUGUUCAUUAUGCAGCUGCUUACGGCAACCUCCCAAUGCUGCAACUCUUGUGUGACAACAAAUGUCUUCUGAACGUCAAAGAUUCGGAUGGGAACACUCCUCUGCUGAUCUCAGUGCAGCACGGCCACCUAGAAGCCUGCAAGUGUCUCCUGGAUCAUAAAGCGGAUGUGAACAUUCCAGACAAGAAUGGAAAGUCUCCUCUGAUGUUGGCAUGUGAAGCAGGACAGUUGAAUAUGGUGGAUCUUUUGGUGCAUAGGGGAGCCAACCUGACACUAACAGAUGCCUUGGGCCAUGAUGUCAUUCAGUACGCCAGAAUGUCAGCAAAUCCUCACAUCCUUACUCUUCUCCUAUCCAAAAUGAGCCAUGAGACUGGACUAAAAAGCCCGACCAAGCCAUUGCAGCUCAGUGACAUGUCCUCUCCAGUAUCCUCAACAUCAACUCCACUAUCAGCCAAAGGAGAAAUCUUUUUCACAGAAAAAGGCAGCAAGGAUGAAAAUACGUCUUACAGGAGAGAAUUCAGAGACAGACUAAGUGACAGCACAGGGGAAGACAGUCUUCUUGAUGUAAGUUCCGAGGUGGAACAGCAAGACACUCUUUCACUACUGCAAGCAAAAGUGGCUUCUCUGACAUUGCUAAACAAGGAACUGCAAAACAAGUUACAGGAAAAAGCCAAUGCUGAAGCUAUACCAGAUAUUAGUUGUGAUUCGUUUCAUUCUACCCAAGCGGAGUUAUCUAUUGCCAAAGAUAAAGAGGCAAAGUCAGCAGCCGUUAUUUCUGAUAACUCGGACAUUUCCUAUGAAUCCCAACCAGAAGUGACAAAAUAUGAACUGAAAGUCAAGCAGCUUGAACAAACGAUAGAAGAAAUGCAGAUAAAACUUGAGGAAUCAGAAACAAUAAGGAAGGACCUGGAAACACAUAUUCAGUCAAUAACUGCAGGUUGUCACACCUUGUUCAGCACAGAAACUUCCGAAGCGCCUUCUGAUACAGACCUUCCGCCUCAGGGAUCACUCAACGAGCAGAAAGACAACACAUCACUAAAGCCAAAUCUUCAAAGGAUGUCAAGGGUUGAUCAAGAGUUAGACGAAGAAGGCAUUGCAAAAUCAAACGAGGACAAUGCCAUGGUUCUGGAAGAGUUUGAAGUGCUAAAGAGAGAGUAUCAGGAUGUUCUUGCUGAAAGUGAAAGGAAAGAGAAUGAGAUGAACGAUUUACGACACCAAAUAGAUGUUGUAACUCAAAGCAUUGUCAAUCUGGUACCCAUAGAAAGACAAGAAGAGAUGGAGAAGUCUUACUGUGCAGUCAUAGAAAAGUUAAACGUAGAGAAUUCUGAACUUAACAAUAAGCAGGAAGACCUUCUAGAAGAAAUAAAAAAAUUAAGGAAAGAGUUGGACUGUCACAAAGAGUCUGUUACUUUGGCAAAUGGGCAUGAAGAGGAAGAUAGGUCUAUUAUGAUAGAUGAGUUGACCAAACAAGUCAGUGAGUUGUCUUUGUUGUACAGUGAAGCCCAAAUGGAACUAGAAAAGACAAGGCAAGCUUCUAAUCAUAUCUCAUCUGACUUCAUUCAUAAAGAUGAGCAUUUGAAGCACUUGCAAGAGGUUGAAGAAAGCAAAGAGAAAGUUGAGAAUGAUUUGGUUGAUUUAGCAUCUCAGCAUGCCAGAAUAUUAGAGGAAUUGUGUGAGUUGAAGCAGCAGUUGGACAAGGAAAAGGAAGACACACCAGAUUCAGAGCUUCAGAGGGUUAUUGAUGAUUUGAAGAAGCAGAUUGAAAUAAUGAAGGUGGAGAAGAAUGGACUGAUGGAGAAGAUUGCUUCUCAAGAGUCCAGAAUGAAGAGUUUGGAAGGUGAAUUGCAGCACGAAAAAGUCACUGUCCAGGAAUCGGCUGUAACUAAAAGGCUAUUGGCAGAAAGGCAAGUUUCUUUAGAAGAGGAAAUAAGCACGUUGUCUUCACAAGUAAGUGAUUUAUUGAAGGAAAAAGACAAGUUUUCUGUAGACAAUGGAAAAGCUCAAAGGGACAUUACACAAUUAAUGGAGGAAAAAGAAGUACUGGAAGGCCAACUUAAAUUAAAAGAACACGAAAUCGAUGAACUUUGUAUGAAAUAUGAAAAAGUUCAGGAAGAUCUGGUGGAAAUGAAGAAGCUGUCUGAAAAUACUUCAAAAGUAGACGAAGACAAAGAUAAGAAGGUUAUUGAACUGACAAAGGAGGUGAGCAAACUGAAAGAAGCACUGAACAGCCUUUCACAGCUUUCAUUUACCACAAGCACUCCUAAGCGACAGAGCCAGCAACUGGAAUCACUACAGCAGCAGGUCAAACAGUUGCAGAACCAGUUGGUGGAGACCAAGAAAACAACACCAAGAGAUUGUGUCCGUUUACAGAAUGCACUUGCUGUAUGCAGUUCAGGGCCAAAUGGAUGAAGACGUACAGAAAGUGCUAAAACAGAUCCUGACCAUGUGUAAGAGCCAGUCUCAGAAGAUGUGA